AUGAUUGUGACCGCGGUUCUGGUAAUCUUAACUAUUAUUCUCACUAUUUUCCUGUUGCGUCGAAGAUCGAAACGUCCGCCAGGUCCCUUUCCUUGGCCAUUUAUUGGAAAUCAUUAUUAUUUACAAAAAUUAAAACGUCAAUUCGGUACGCAACACGUCGCCUUUCAGGAACUUAGUAAAAUAUAUAAUAGCGGUAUCAUAAGUUUGCGAUUUGGUACCAGCGAGACAAUUGUCGUCUCGGACAGCAAGCUUAUACACGAAAUAUGCCUUAGUGAAAAGUACGACGGGCGUCCCUGGAAUGAGUUUAUAAAGUUACGGAACAUGGGAAUGAGGAAAGGGAUUACGAUGAACGACGGCACGGAGUGGAAAGAAUUGCGCGCUUGGACGGUACGCGCUUUGAGAAGCGUCGGUUUCGCCAAGGAGGCGAUGAUGGAACUGCUCGUGGAGGAGAUGGCGCUUAUUGUGAAGAGGCUUGCGAACGGUGGCGUGCAAUACAUACGACCCGCGUUCGCGCCCGCCGUGAUAAAUGUUCUCUGGAUGCUGGUCACGGGGCAAAAGCCGUCCGAGAAUCUCUCGAGGUUGCAGAAGUUCAUAGAUUUGCUGGAACGUCGUUCGCAAGUAUUUGAUCUUACCGGCGGGAUUCUAUCCAUCUUUCCUUGGAUACGUUACAUCGCGCCGGAUUCUUCGGGAUACAACAUCCUCGUCACGUUAAACAACGAGCUCAAGAACUUUCUGAUGGAGACUAUCAACGAGCAUAAGAAACGAUUUAUCAAAGGAAAUGAAGCGGAUUUUAUCGAUGUGUUUCUCCAGGAGAUGUAUAACAGGGAGGCGCAGCAAGAAGUAUUUUCAGACGACAAUCUACUUGUGACAUUGAUCGACUUCUUCAUCGCCGGCACCAGCACCACGACAGCGACGUUGGAUAAUCUCUUCCUGCAAAUGGCCAAUCACCAGGACGUGCAAAGCAAACUGCACGAGGAGAUCGAUACUGUGAUCGGUAACAGGCUUCCCCAUCUGGAGGAUAGAAUGAAAAUGCCUUACACGCAAGCGAUAUUAACCGAGUGCCAACGCAUAUGGGUCGUCACACCUGUAAUCGGACCACGUCGAGUUCUUAGUAAUACGACCCUCGAUGGUUAUGAGAUACCGAAGAACACCAUCAUUCUCAUGAAUUUGCAUUGCAACAACAUGGAUCCGGAAUUCUUCCCCGAUCCGAAUUCAUUCAGACCGGAGAGGCAUAUAAACAAUGGCAAUUAUCAAGUGAACGAAAAUAUUAUAACUUUCGGAAAAGGAAAGAGAAGAUGUCCUGGAGCAGCUUUAGCAAAAUCGGCUAUGUUCCUAUUGUUUGUCGGAGUAAUGCAGAAAUAUCGUUUGCUUCCAGUCCCAGGUAAAGGAUAUAUUAAAACGGACUUUACCAGCGGAUUAAUAGCUGCACCAAAGCCUUAUGAAAUGUUAAUCGUUUCGAGAUAAGAUAUAUUUAUUAGUUUAACAUUAAGUAAAUAAGUGAGUUUCUUAUUUAGAAAAUGUUUUUUUGAAUUAAUUUUAUUAGAUUGACUUGUUAGCAUUUACGUUCUUCGUUUUAUUAUACUUUAAUUUAAUUAAUGUAAUUUGACCCUUUUUGCUCGAAAUAUGUGCAUGUAAGCGUCAACGAAGAAAAAGAAAGAAGCAAAAAAAAUAAAGUGAUACAAGAUCUUAUUUAUAAAUUUUCUCUUCUUUACAAUUUACUUAUACUCUACACAAGAAAUUGUGUUAUAUUAUAAAUGUAAAUAUAGGAAUUUUACUAGCGAAAA